AUGAAUGUUACUUGCUCCAAGAGGUGUUGCACGCCGCUGAUCAACCUUAUCGGAAUUCCAGGCAGCAAUGCAACGAUACUGGAACUGAUUGGCGGAGGUGCAGUUGUCAACUUAGACAAUUCUCAGUUUGGUACGGUCUUAAACAAAGCAUGCUAUGACGGCAACUUGUCAAUGGUCGAGUUCCUUCAUCAGAAAUGUGGCGCGGACGCGAACUUUAUCUCCAAAGGCUUCUUCGGUAAUGCCUUACAGGCUGCGUGCUUCGGUAAGAAAGGCGUGCUUCAAUCCGAAACCGAGAAGAUUAUCGAAUAUCUCGUGACAAAGGCUGAAGCAGAGAUUAAUCAACAGUGCGGGUUCUUCGGCACUGCACUCAACCUAGCUUGCCAGCUGCCAUUGAGCAGCACAUCAACAAUUCUUACACGCAAAUUCAAGGCGAAUGCGAAUAUUGCUGACCAGAUGGGUCGUCUACCGAUUCACUUCGCAGCCAUUCACUCGUCUGGCAGGUACUCGAGAAUGUUAGGUUCCCUUGUACACCCCCUCCAACUUCCCACGGAUGGAGGUGACUAUUUGAAUUCUGCGGACAAGACCGGUCACACUGUUCUUCACUGGGCUGCUCAAAGCGGAGAUGUUCACACCGUCAAAAAGAUCCUCUCAUCGGGGAAGGUCGAGGUCGACCAGGCCGACAACGAUGGCUGGACAGCGUUGUGCUGGGCUGCUCGAGGUCUAACCUCGAAAUACAAGUUUACCAACAAGGAUAAUCACUACCAAUUAGAGGUGAUCAAAUACCUCCUCGAGAGCGGCGCUGAUGGCCGAGUCAAGGUUAGGACUGACUUCCCCAACGUGACGUGGUGCCCAUUGGAAAUCGCCUAUUUGCAUGACAGCGGGAAAGAUAUCAUCGACAUUCUGUUGGAAGCAAGCGAUACCGAGGAUGUCGAUUAUGUUUUUGGAGGAAUAACAUUAUCGAGCACGGGCUAUCAACAUGACGAAUUGGUUUACUCUUGUUGUCUAUCGCACCUCAUAUUAGACGCACAUAGCUGUCGGAGAUGUCCCGACUUCCACCUCUGUUUCAAGUGCUACAACCACCGGAAAGUACUUCAUCCCGGACCUGACCCAAAGCUUCCCCAUCACAAGGAAUUCAGAAAUAUCGACCCUGCACCGCCACGCGGCGACAAGCCUCCCCAAGUGCCCGACCACAUCUUGGCUAGGAAUGAGUACCUCUGGCCUAAGAAGAAGUCCGACGGCACGAGUAAAUGA